AAGAUCGCGAUACCACACCAACUGGCGUUGCAGGUGGUGUCUUGGAACUCAGCGCAGGGAUGGAUUGCCUGCGGAGGCGAGAGCGGCCUGCUUAAGGUCUUGAAGCUCGAAUCUGCCUCUGAUGGGGCCGCGAAAGCUGCGGCCGGGCAGAGCAACCUGUCCAUGAAUCAGACGCUGGAGGGCCACCAAGGUACCAUAAUGGUCAUCACCUGGAAUGAAAAUUUCCGGAAGCUGACCACCAGUGACCAGAAUGGCCUCAUCAUUGUGUGGAUGCUCCAUAGAGGAAUUUGGUUCGAGGAAAUGAUCAACAAUCGAAACCGAAGUGUAGUUCGAGACAUGAAGUGGAGUGCCGACUGCCAGAAGAUCUGCAUCAUCUACGAGGAUGGCGCAGUUAUAGUCGGCACGGUGGAUGGGCAAAGGCUGUGGGGUAAGGAAGUCAAGACACAGCUCGCCUUUGUCGAGUGGUCGCCGGAUGGCAAGAACAUCCUCUUCUGCACUCUGAACGGCGAGGUGCACGUCUACGACAAUGAAGGAAUCUACUCCCACAAGGUGCCAAUCUACUGCCUAGACAGUGGCACCGAGGGCACCGUAGCGAUUGCCGGCAUUGACUGGUUUGCCGGGCCCAACGGCCCAGAGAAUCAGACGCCAACUCUUUGUUUGGGCUUCGAGAACGGCCGCGUCCAGAUCAUGAGAAGUGAUGCCGAUGACAAGCCCGUGCUUUUGGAUACGCAGUUGCGAUGCACUGGUCUCAAGUGGGAUCCGAACGGCUCGGUAGUUGCCAUUGCAGGCGUGCAGAACCAAGGAGCAGCCGCUGCCGACCGCGAGGUGGGCAUCGUUCAGUUUUAUGCUCCGAGUGGGCAGCAUCUCAGAUCCCUGAGAGUUCCUGGGCAGAAUCUGCGCUCGAUCUCCUGGGAGGGUUCCGGCCUUCGAUUAGCGUUGGCGGUUGAUUCCCAUAUCUUCUUCGCCAACAUCAGGCCGGACUAUCUUUGGGGAUAUUUCUCACGAACGCUGGUCUACGCGGUGUUGCGAAAAGAGCGCAACGAGCACGUGGUCGUGUUCUGGGACACCCACAGCGAUGAGAAAUACACCAAGUACAUUAAGCAUGUCACGCACAUCAGAUCUUCGGAGGAGUACUGCGUCCUGGUCACCAAGGCAGAUGAUGCCAGCGGCCAGCAUAUUGUCAUUGUCUGCAAUGACAUCGGCAGUCCAGUAGACUCCAAGUAUAUGCAGCUUGACCCUGUCCAUGUUGCAAUGACGAACUCCCACGUCAUCGUAACUUCGGAGGACGUCGUGUAUAUCUGGAGCUACCGAACUAGUGUUUCGCGGCAGGCACAGGGCGACCUGGCUUCGGCUGCUGGAAUGGGCAUCAAGCAGAAGAGAGCGGAGAUGAUGUUUCACAUUGAUGAGUCCUUUGCACCCGGUAGUGGGACCCAUGACAAGGAAAGUUUCGUGCCGCCUUCGAUGACUACGCAGGAUCCGAUUGCCUGCAUCUGUGCCACAGAGCAAUGCUUGCUGGUGGCACGCGAAAGCGGUGUCGUGCAUCGCUAUGCCCUGCCCCACCUGUCUUUGGAAGCACGCUUCACCAUCCGAUGUCGGCCCCAGGUGAUAGCUGCCAACUGCGACAGCACAAGGAUGUCAGUCAUUGACAUCAAUGGUGUGCUCUUGCUGUUCGACGUCGAGAUUGUCAAUCAUGGCUUCUUUAGCCAACAAGCAGAGACCAAUUCGCAGGACAAUGGGCCUGGCAAGCAGCUGGACUUCGAGCGCAAGGAUGUUUGGAACAUGCGAUGGGCAACCGACAAUCCAGACCUCUUCGCCAUUAUGGAGAAAACACGGAUGUACAUAGUCCGGGGCCUUCAGCCCGAGGAGCCCGUGCUCUCCAACGCAUACAUAUGCGCCUUCAAAGACCUCCAGAUCCAAAGUGUGCUCAUCGACGAAGUCAUACAGAACCCGGAGAAUCCCCGGAAGGAGGUGCUUCUGGAUUUCGAGACGAAGAGUCUCAGAGACACGCGCGACAUCCUCACGAAGGUGUCCAACCUAAAGGAUGCCUUCAACUAUGUAAGGUCGAUGCGAAUCCACACCCGCGACUCUGGAGGCUGCAUUGAACUCGACCCGAGUCACGGGACGGGGGAUCGCGAGACCGCUCUGGCAGGCUCAGAGAGGCUCGGAGGAAUGUCCUCACCGAUGGAAGAUGUCAUUGAAGGGGCUGGUGAGGAGCAGCGCAUCACGGUUCGUGUACAGACCAGUCCAGAGAACACCAUCGAGAUUGCGGUGUCCUCGAAGAGCACGGUUUUUCAUUUGGCAGCACAAGUGAGCCAGGCCCUGCCAUUUCCGGGUUCACUGCCGAUACUCUCGUUUCAGGAGAACGAGUUGGAAACAGAUGCCGUCAUCGACGAGCUCGGAAUCACAGACGGGUCGCUUUUGACCGCCGUCAUCAAGCAGAGACCCGUGGGUAUCAUUGAACCCGGACUGGGCCUGAUGGACAACGGCGGUCGAGUCGGUGCCGAGUCUGCUGCCAUGAGCUGCGUCGACUCGCUUGCAAUCGAUGCCGACCCAGCGGAGGCUCCAGCUCUGAGCCCUCGGAGUACUUCCAGUGAGUGCCGCCUCACCGCUGCUUUGAGAGAGGCCAUCAAGCAGCUUGUUUCAGCCAAAGGACCUCCGCAGCAGGUUGAGGAUCUCAUGACGAUUGCUGAAGAUGUUGAGCGCAUCGAACAGGAGAAUGCAGAGUUGAAGAGGCAGAUGGCAAUGAUCCAGAACGGUCUCCACGAACAACGCCGGUUGGAGAACCAGCUGUCGAGGAACACAUCGCAGUUGAUGCGCCAUGCAGGUCUUUCGGACGGUGAUGCCGACAUGUGGCCUGCUCAUCAACCCAUGGCCGGCGGCUACCCAGGGCAUGCGGACGAAAAUAUCCAGGCGAACGCCACCAUUGCCCUUUUGCAGCACAUGCAAAUGCUGCGGGAACGGCAGGUGCAGGCCGCCCAAGAGGAGGAAGAGAACAAGUCUUUCCUCAUGAAGAAAGGAGAUGCGGAACUAUCUGAAAUUCAUCGACAGGCACAGCUGCCACGAACAGAAGCCGGGUCCGUGACAGGAUCAGGUGUCCUUUCCUCCGGGCACAUGACGAAAGAGGAGAUGGACAGGGCGAGGAGGGCCCACGCUGAGCAGCUGCAGAGCGAGCACGGCAAGAAGCAGAGAGAGCUGCAGGAGGCCGAACAGAAAGCUCGAUCCAGAGACGCUUUGUUCGAAAGGGGCCCCUUCACAGGCGGCCGAAGUCUGGGCCUAGCCAAGAGCACAAACCUUCCCGUCCCCUCUGCAGGUCGUUCCCGCAACGGCCCUGAGUCCGACACCAUCCAAAUGAUGGUUUCAUGUCUCCAGAGGUCUGUGGUGGAGACUUCUGUGAGCCUCCGGCUGCUAGCAGAGGCGGCUCUGGAGCAGCUCGAGUUCGGGGUGGCCGAAAAGGCCUUCGUGCGCUUCGAGGAUUACCAGGGCAUCCAGCUCGUCAAGCGCCUCCGCCUUCUGGACGACCGGGUCAAGCAGAAGGCCGAGGUCGCGGCAUACUUUCAACGGUUCGAUGAGGCUGAGAGCUUGUACAGGGAAAUCGACCGCAAGGACCUCGCGAUCGACCUUCGUGUGCGCUUGGGUGACUGGUUCCGAGUCAUUCAGUUGGCGCACGGUGCCAACGAGGAGCUGCUUCACCAAGCAUGGAGCGCUAUCGGCGACUACUACGCGGACCGUUGCAAGUGGCCCAACGCGGCCAAUUACUACGCCAAGGCGGGAAACAACGCUGCUCUGGUGGACACCUACUAUUUCUUGGAGGAUUAUGACUCCUUGGAGAGACUCAUUCCGCAGCUGCCGGAAGGCAGCCCGCUGCUGACGGAGGUGGGCAACAAGUUCAGCUCCGUGGGCCUCUGCGAGCAGGCCGUCCAGGCCUAUCUGCGGCACGGUGACGUCAAGACGGCGGUUGACACGUGUGUCCUGCUGAACCAAUGGGAGCUGGCGGUGAACCUCGCGCAGCAGCACAAUUUCCAGCAGAUCGAAGGUCUCCUGGCAAAGUACGCGCAGCAUCUUCUUGACAAAAACAAGAAGAUCGAGGCAGUACAGCUUUACCGGAAGGCAAGCCGCCACACGGAGGCCGCGAAGCUGCUGAACCAAAUGGCCAGGGAGAUGCCAGGAAAGAAAGUAAAAGCACUGGCACAUUGUGCCAUCCUGGCAUCUGUUGGUAAGAAAAGGUUCCAGGUGCUGGCAACAUGGUUGUCUGCCGGCGUGCAGUCUGCCAUCGUCUUCGGCUUCGUGGCCAACUGGCCGCCUUAUGACAAGACUGACCUGUCCAGGCGCUCGCCACUCUGGGUGCAGCUGGUUACGCGGCUUCUGGGCCUCUUCAACUCCGAAACAAGCGGCCCAUUUCAAGGUCUUGACAAUGCACUGCCUUUAAACAUCACGAGCGAGAAUGGCAUGGUUUGCGGGCUGCGCUUGUCCCCAACAUCAGAGAAGGCAAACACUGUGGUGUACUUGCACGGGCAGGCAGGUAACGUGGUUGUGCAACAUCGGACUGAGCUGUACAAGCUUCUUGCAUCGCGACUCGGAUGUGAGGUGAUCGCCAUCGACUACUGUAGCUGUGGCUAUUCCGACUUCUGCUGGCCCUCAGAGGCCAGCGUCGUGGCGGAUGUCCGGGCUGUCCUGCAGUCAUUGCCGCAAGCAGAGAGGGACAAGGUCAUCCUGUGGGGCCACAGCCUGGGCACUGGCAUCGCAUUGGUAUCUGCAGAAGCUUUGCUGAAAGAGGGCUUCCACUUCGGAGGCGUGAUUCUGGAGGCACCGUUCCUCUCUCUUGCGGCUGCGGCUGGGUCGCUGCUUGAGGCGGCACUUCGCCGGCCGUGGCCACGUCUCCGAGAAGGUGUGGAGGCUUGGGUUCGGGGUUGGCACGGACUCCAAUUCAAUUCCGCUGGCCGAAUCUGCGAAGUAGCUGCAGGAACGAAUGUGCUCAUUCUCCACGGAACGAAGGACUGGAAGGUUCCCCACAGCCAUGGCAGGUGCGAGAUGUUGGGCGAGCACCGGCACGGCCGUGGAUGGAAGGCCCGCACCGACGGCAGGCGAACACUCGACAAAGCUGCUGGCAGAGUUGGUGGAGGAGUCGCGCCUCGGCAGAAUGAUCGACCGGCGGGCUGGUACAUGAAGACCGCGGUUCUCCUGGACGUGCCCGGCGCGGACCGCCUGGUGGCGCCACCGCCGGGAAAGUGCUUUGCCGCGGCGUUGUUCCCCAUCCUCCAGGAGGACGAGAACGGCGACACCAAGACGGUGCGCAGAGGAGAGGCGUCGAGCCGGCCACGACUCCACCAGCGACGUGCCACCCACCAUUUCGUCGGCGCCUUUGACGGCAUGGCAGGUUUCCUGGACUUACUGGGGCCUGCAGACGAAACCGUCGAAAGCCCAGAGGCCGGCCAAGGAGCACAUAAUGAGGGCGUGCUGGUGUCGAUCCGUCACCUGGCCAAGGACCGCGGGCGCCACACGGCCAACCAACUGGCGGGACGACUGAACUUUGUGACACAGUCGGACUGCAGCCCAUCUAUGCCAGCGCACAUGACACCAGCACGGAGAGGUGCGCCGCAAGGCACAUCGGCCACGUGGCGGAGGUGCCGGUCAAACCUGGCACACGGGGGCGAAUUGUCUGGGGCAUGCUGGGGCUGCGUCGUCCGGAUCGGUGCCUAUAGGUCUUCUACGACUGGCACGGCGCCCGCGGACUUCCCCGGUUUCUUUUCGGCGAGAAAGGCCUUCAUCUACGUGCUUGAGAUCCUGCGGCGCAGGUGCUCCCACAGAAUCAGAAAUGGCUGGCGUUCAUCGACAACGUCGCUGGCCAAUGGGCCCUCACCACAGAGUUAUGGGAAAGACCCCGCGGUCAAUGGCGUCCUGGCGGCCUUCUGGUCCACACAGCGGCGCUGGCAGAUUGGCUCCCCGACUUCCGUCGCGUGCCAUGCAAGGGCAACGUCUCCGACGCGGUGUCACGUGGAGACCUCGACUCGAGAUGGCACGGCGAAUGGGGCGGACCAGAGUCGACAUGCCCGUGAUGGGCAUCCUGCAGACACUGGGGCUGCCGGCGCAGAGUGGGAAGCACAAAGCAUCCCCGGCGCCGUACAGCCCUGCUCUGGCGAAGGCGACGGACCGGGGCGAUGCGCUUCCAAACCACUCAAGAAGAGGACAAACCCGGGGCCCUCGAUGCACAUGCCACAGCUGUUGCUGGCUUUGCGUCGCCCGGCGUUUCUGUCUGUGCCCUGCCAUUCCGGCUAUUUCUCCAAAGACUCAUGGGUCGUCGCUCGCUGGCGGGCGACGGGCCGGGAUGCAGAAAGCGUCCCCGGCUCCGUGCAGCCUGCUCUGGCGAAGGCGACGGACCCGGGCGAUGCGCUUCCAAAUCACUCAACAAGAGGGUCUCUCCAUCGUACCAUUUUGGUUAGCACGUCGGGUGUAGAGCUUGUCGCAAUCGUUUUGCACUACAUCCGCCUGGAUCGCCUGGCCCUGUUGGGACAGGGAGCUCUCCAAGAUCGGCAACGUGCCGAGCCAUGGCUGCCAUUUAUCUUACCCGUUUCCACGUGUAUCCGAGAAUCCUUCCCCGUCGUGUCUAGUUUCGACUCCAUAAGUGGUGUUCAACGACAUCCUGACCGCAUAAAGAAGUUGUACUUGCUGGCAGCCUUGGAGGUGGAGAAGUUCAAGAACAAGACUUUGGAUGCCCAGAUGACAGGUGCCACUCAGGGCACGAUGACGACCGCACAGACACUGCAGUCGCUGGUCACGCAGGACCAGAGCGUCUCCAGUGAUCGUGCGUUGGAGAGCCCUUGGCGUGGUUGCGAGGCCUUCCACAUCUACCUGCUCUCGCAACGACAACUGUACGAGGGCCAGUUUGAGCAGGCCAUGAAGACUUCGCUGCGUCUCGCCGAAUAUGAGGACAUCCUCGACACGCAGACCAUCUACUCUCUGAUAGCGCUCACCACGUACUACAACAAGUACUACAUGCAAUGCUCAAAGGCAUUCAUCAAGCUGGAGGCCUCCGGGGACAUCAGCGACGAGAUGCGCGCCAAGUUCUCGGACCUCGCCCUCAGCAUUUUUACCAGGAGCACGCCCAAGGAUCCUGUGAAUGGGACGCUGUUGCCCUGCCCAAAAUGCCACACGCGGAUCCCGGACUCGUCAGUUAGCUGCCCCAGCUGCAAUCAUCGGCUCGCCUUCUGCGUGGCCUCCGGGCGGUCCAUCUUUCCAGGGUCCCUUUAUCCUGAGGACCGGGGCGGCAACUCGGGGCAGUAUCCACCCGGUGCAGGUCCCUCGAAUGAGACCAUCAAAUGCCGCGUCUGCCGACAUCGCAUGUACACCUCGGAGGUCCGCAAACUGCGGAACUGUCCUUUGUGCCACUCGCGCUUGGACAUCCCAGCGCCGCCGCCGAUUCACAGCCUCGGUUAG